AACUAUUCAUAAAAUCACUGUUUAUAACAUUAAAAUCCUGGCAUCUCAGUCGCAUUUGUCAUUACAAUAAUAAUAAUAAUCUGGUUUCCAAACACUUCUUUUCUCUUCAACCACAGCAAAUGUUGUUUUGAUUAGUCUUAAGGAUGGGGAGAGAGACUCAAAAGCCUCUCCGGUCCGGUUUAUAUAGCUGUAAAAUGUCAACUAUAGGUCAGUGUUUAUAUGUGAGACUCUUUCACCCAGUUGUGACAGUCCCUCCUCAGUUCCUCCUGGUAACAGCCAAUGACAAGCAAGUGAUCUCACUGUCUUCUAAAUGUUUAAGCUAAACCUCCACACUGCGCUAGACGGUUUUGCACCGGCUCUGGAUUUUGCGCACUUUAGCCCCCUUUUUUAAACUGUGCAGUGUGUAUUAGAAUGAUAGAAAUAGAAACCGAAAGAAAGCGAGUCAAGAUUCAAAGCAAACUGCUGCCGUCGUUGCUCGCGCUUCAUAUUACGCAGAAAUGCUCCUCUUCUUUGUAUCCUUCGCUUUUCUUGUAGAUUUAUCCUGGGCUCUUCCAACGGACAUUAUUAUUCAAUUCGAGCGCAGUGUUUUGCUGAACGGGACAGUCGUGGAGAGGAUUCUUGUCAGUGAUGCACGUUUAAAGGGACAGUUCGACAAGCAACCUGUUGUCAGACCCAUUCAAGAUGAGGUCCUGCAAAUGAUGGUGGAGAAUUAUCAUGCAACAGCAAGUUAUGGCACAUAUAUACGUUUGAGGGAAUGUAAGCUGCGAGGAGAUCGAGUCCUGCAGCUGUCCGACCGGAUUCAGCUCAAUGGCAAAGAUUAUCUGACUUUAGAUUCAGACACUGAUUCGUGGACAGUGUUGAUGCCAGAGGCACAGGAUCUAAAGAAGUCAUGGACACUUAAGGCCGAGCAAGCGAGUCUAGAGAAAAUUCACCUGAAACAAGAGUGUGAGGAAUCCAUUAAACAGUGGAAUGACACCCAGAAUCAAGAAGGUCUGGGUGUGUUAAGAGUGAUAUUUCCAGUUCUCGCCACUAUUCUCUUCAUUGGACUCGUCUUAAUAAGCUUCCUUAUCUUCAAGCGACACGGCCAUCAGCCAGGAGGUGUUUUAGGCUCAAUUAUCCAUUAUCCAGCCCAUCAUCUUGAAGUACCAUUGGACAGACAGAGCCAAAAGAACAUCGCUCAAGUCCCAGUGCUAAAGGGUCCCUAAAGAUGUUUUGCUUGAAAUGAUCUUGAAACCUUUUUUUUUUUAAUUGUUAAUAUCAGGGGUGGAUUAAGGUGGUCAGGGGCCCCUAGGCUGCUCUUUGUGUGAGGCCCCCCUUAAUCAUUAUGCUUUACUGAAUAAAUUUAUUUAGUGCCAUACAUGGUCCACACACACAUAGUAAGGUGAACUGGCAUACACACACACACACACACACACACACAUUGAGACAGCCAAUCCUACAGUGUUUCCUCUACAUUCCCAGUGUCUCCACAGGAUUUUGUGAAACUUUGAUGGGUGCACAUUGGUUCCUCAAGUCUAGGGAGUUCUGCGGGUAUAAGAAAAUUAUGAAAAGAAAAAUUUAUUUAAUUAAUCAUCAUGUAAUAAAUGUCAUUUGAGUUCUACUUUCUGAGUAUGAAUUAUCAUAUGCAGUAAAAACAACAACACUCAAGCACUGUAAAA